AUGGCACCUGGCGUCAAUGAGCAUGUCCACAAGCCCAUCCACCGGGCCUGGUGGAAGGAGAGCUCUGUCUACCAGAUCUGGCCGGCGUCUUUCAAGGACUCGAACAACGAUGGCAUUGGCGACAUCCCAGGAAUCAUAUCCAAGCUGGACUACAUCAAGAAGCUCGGGGUCGACAUCGUCUGGCUCUGCCCGUCCUACAAGUCUCCACAGGUCGACAUGGGCUACGACAUUUCAGACUACUACAGUAUCGCGGAUCAAUACGGCACCGUCGAGGACGUCGAACGCCUCAUAGAGGGCUGCCACCAGAGGGGGAUGAAACUGAUUAUGGACCUGGUCGUCAAUCAUACCAGCGACCAACACGAGUGGUUCAAGAAAUCGCGAAGCUCCAAGGACAACGAGUAUCGCAACUGGUACAUUUGGAAACCCCCCAGGUACGACGAGCAAGGGAACCGGCAUCCUCCCAACAAUUGGGUUUCUCAUUUCCAAGGCAGUGCCUGGGAAUACGAUGAGCACACGGGAGAAUACUAUCUUCACUUGUUUGCGAAGGAGCAGCCGGACCUGAACUGGGAGCAUCCGCCCGUGCGCCAGGCCGUCCACGACAUUAUCCGGUUCUGGCUGGAUAAAGGCGCCGAUGGCUUUCGGAUGGAUGUGAUCAAUUUCAUCAGCAAACACCAGGGCUUCCCUGACGCGCCGGUGAAAGACCCUGAACGGAUCUGGCAAUGGGCGUACGGCUACUACGCCAACGGGCCCAGGUUGCACGAGUAUCUGCAAGACAUUGGCAAGAUUCUGAAGGAGUAUGACGCCUUCAGCGUGGGCGAAAUGCCUUUUGCGCGGGACGCGGAGGAAGUGCUGAAGGUGGUGCGGUAUGAUCGCAACGAAAUCAACAUGAUCUUCCAGUUCGACCACGUCGACAUCGACCACGGCGAGUUCGACAAGUUUGCGCCGACCAGCUGGAAGCUCACCGACCUCAAGCUGAUGUUCCAGACCUGGCAGAAGUUCAUGUACGACAACGACGGCUGGAAUGCGCUGUACUGGGAGAACCACGACCAGCCGCGGUGUAUCGACCGGUACACGAACGCCAAACCGGAACACAGCGCACUAGCGGCCAAGAUGCUUGCAACCGUGUUGGCUCUGAUGUCCGGCACGCCGUUCAUCUAUCAAGGCCAGGAGCUGGGGAUGCGCAAUGUGCCGAAAGAGUGGGGGAUGGAGGAGUACAAGGAUAUCGAUUGCAUUAACCACUGGAGGGGACACUUGGCCAAAGACGCCGAUAACCCGGCCCUCCUUCAGACAUUCCGGGAGCAAUACCAGAAGAAGUCGCGCGACAACGCCCGGACGCCAGUGCAGUGGUCCUCUGCGCCCAACGCCGGGUUCACCGCACCGGACGUCAAGCCGUGGAUGAGCGUGAACCCGAACUACACGACGAUCAACGCCGAAGCGCAGGUGUCGGACCCCAACUCGCCGUUCAGCUACUGGCGGGCGGUGCUGGGCCUGCGCAAGAAAUACCUCGACAUCUUCGUGUACGGCGACUUUGUGCUGCUGGACCGCCACAGCGAGGAGGUCUUCGCCUACACGCGGCAGUACGAGGACCAGCAGGCGCUGGUGCUCUGCAACUGGACGGACAGGACGAUCGUGUGGGAUCCGGCGGCCAACGGGGUCGGCAAGAUGCGGGAGGUGCUGCUCAACAGCUACGGCGUGAGCGAGAAGUACGCGAGCGAGAAAUGGCCGCUGCGGCCGUAUGAGGCGACGGUGCUGCUUUUAUUGAUCAGCCCCGCUAUCAACUACUCCGUAUCUACCCCUCCAUCUAUUUCUCCGCACGGAGGUCUCCGAACUUCUUCUACACAUCAGAAAACAAGAAGAAAGAAAGAAAGACAAAAACUUUCUUACUUGGUACCCAAUUCAACUUGUCAUUCCUACCAGGACGUCUAUUCACUGACAAUGGACCCCCAAACGACUCCCAACGGCGACUCGCACUCGACAACGACUGCUCCUCCUACCGAUAACGACCCUGCUACUGCUUCUUCUGCCAUUCCACCGCAUCUCGACCCCUCCACCUACCCGCGCACCGUGCACCUAGCCGAGGAGAACAUCCACAUCGAACUAACCUACACGCCGCUGGACACCAACGCGAUCCUCUCGCGCGUCAGCUCGCCUUCCGCAGGGGCCAACGUGCUCUUCCUGGGCACGACGCGCGACAGCUUCGAGGGCCGGCCCGUCGCGCAGCUGAGCUACGUGUCGUACGCUCCGCUGGCGCUGCGCACGCUGACGGCCAUCGCGAGGGCAGCGAGGCAGACGCACGGCCUGCUCGGGGUCUGUAUCGCGCAUCGGCUGGGCAAUGUGCCUAUCGGCGAGGCGUCGAUCGCGAUCGCGGUCAGUUCGGCGCAUCGAAGGGCGGCGUGGCGCGCUGGCGAGGAGGUGCUCGAGGAGUGUAAGACUAAGGCGGAGAUCUGGAAGAGAGAGGAGUUUGUUGGCCAGAAGCCCGAGGAGGGCGAGUGGAGGGCGAAUCGCGAUCGCGACGCGGAUGGGAAUUUGGUUGGCGAUAAUAAUAAAUAG